UGACACCGAUUGUUGGUUUUCGUAUAAAUAUUGGACCUUUUGGUGAUGCAAACGUCAGACACAACUCAGUGGUCGAAGUCAAAGAACUAAAUUCAAAAUGCGUGCCUUCAUUGUUAUGUGCUUGGUGGCAGUCGCCUGCGCCGAUAAGCUCGGCUACAACUACCAGCCCGUGGGCCACUCCAGCAGCGGCCUGUCCUUUGCUCCAGGCAGUGGUUCCAUCGGUGGUGGCUCCAUUGGAGGUGGCUCCAUUGGAGGUGGCUCCAUCGGAGGUGGCUCCAUCGGAGGUGGUUCCAUCGGAGGUGGCUCCCUCGGAGGCAGCAUCAGCAGCGGUGCCGGUCUUGGUGGUCUUGGAGGUCUUGGUGGUCUUAGCGGUGGCAGCAUCGGAGGUGGCGAAGCCCUGAGCGCCCCUGUCUCCUACAGCGCCCCAGCCCCCGCCGCCGAGCUUGAGAAGGAGUUCUUCACCUUCACCGCCAACGAACAGGACUUCGAUGAGCCCCAGCAGCUGGAGAAGGUCUCUUCCGCCCUGAACAAGGCCCUGCGCGUCGUCUUCAUCAAGGGACCCGAGAACCGUGGCCUGGAGAACGCCGCCCUGGCUCUUGCCAAGCAGGCUGCCCAGCAGGAGACCGCCAUCUAUGUCCUGAACAAGCAGGCUGACAUCGGUGAUCUGGCCAACAAGCUGAACGCUAUCCGCAGCAACAACAACAACAAGCCCGAGGUUCACUUCGUCAAGUACCGCACCCAGGAGGAUGCUGCUAACGCCCAGCGUGCCAUCCAGUCGCAGUACGACCAGUUGGGAGGAUCCUCUCAGGCCCACAACGGAGGUGUUGCCCCCGUCCUGAACUUCGCCUCUGCCGCCCCUGUGCGUCAGGCCGCCGCCCAGUCCCCCGACAACUCCUACCUGCCCUCUUCCGUCUUCCGCCGCGUCUAAGUUGCUCGUUUGACUCCUAGCCGAUUCAUAAACGCAGCGAUCUUUGACUGAUCUUAAAUCCUAGUUAUUGUUGACUAAUGCCUAAAUAAAUUCAAUUUUAAAUUUACGUAAAACCAA